AUGGCACAGCAACGCCAGCAUUGCUCCGGCGGCGGCGCGUGGACGAGCAUCGGCGCUGUCGCGCUGGCUCGGCGUCUUGUGCGCCGCGGCGCCGCGGCCCAGUUCAUCCCCGAACUCGCCGACUUCUCCGAGAACGGCUUCGGGCACAGCCUCGCGCUCCGUGUCUUUCCAGACUGGAGCAAGCCCGUCGUCGCCGCGCUCCUGCCCACGGGACGGCGCCACCUGAUGGACGGCGCGGCGAACGAGGGCGACGACGACGCCACCACGGUGCAGCGCCUCAUGGUAACGUACCUGGGCGCCCGGGCCCGCGGUCGUCGGGGCCCGUUGCGGCAGGAAGCCAUCCGCGUCCUGCGCAGCGGAGCGUGGAGCAGACAGGCGCUGGCCGACAUGAAGAAGCUGGACAGUUUUAUGCGCGAGUCGCAGCGUCUCAACCCCCCCACGCAUCUCACCUUCAACGCCAUUGUUCAAGAACCCGUGACGCUGCAAGAUGGCGUCGUCCUCCCAGAGGGCGCGCACAUCCAAAUGGCGGCCUACUCCCUCGGCGUCGACCCCGAGCGGGUGCAGGACCCCGAGCUGUUGGACGGCCCGCGGCAGUACAACAACAGGAAGACGCCAGGUCAAGAGAACUGGCAUCGCAAGUGGCACUGUAAUCAUUUGAAUUUCGGCCACAGCAGGAUUGUCUGCCCUGGGAGAUUCUUUGCUGAUCACGCCAUCAAGAUGAUUAUUGCCAAUGUCCUCCUCCGGUGUCACUUGCGCUUCCCUGGAGGGAAAACAGAGCGGCCGGCGAGUUUGAACUUAUACGAUGUCGUCAUUCCGAACUUGAAUACCUGUGUUGAGUUUAAACUGAGAACCGAUGCGUCUGACUAUAAUUAA